AUGGCUCAACUUACAUUUGACCAAUUUAAAAUGAGAUUAUUUGUAUGGCGCGACGCGAUCCCAAUGUACGAGGGAGGGACAAGACUUUUGUCUCAUUUUAUUCAGACAUGUGACAAAUUCUCGGAAAAUCUUACAACGAACGACAAUGCGAUCAACGAGUCGCUGUAUGCUCUUAUCAAGUCGAAGCUACGCGGAGAGGCACUUGAUUUGGUAGUUGUUAAUAAACCCAUAGACUGGCCCCAUUGUAGGACACUCUUAAUUAAUAGAUAUAGCGAUCCUCGUUCGGAAGAAUUACUAUUUAGCAGACUCAGUACUUGUUACCAGCAAUCUAAUCAAACGUACGAAGAAUACGCCGACGAAAUCAAAAAUCGUUUGAAUAAGCUAAAAGACCAUAUACAACUAAAUAAUCAGGAUAACAAUAUAAUUGCUAUGAAAAAUAACUUUUAUGAUAACAUUGCGAAAAAUGUAUUUACUAACGGAAUUAAACAGCCGUAUCAUUCGCAUCUGACGCAUUUUGAAAUGACUGACAUCGAGGACUGUCUAACAAAAUGCCGAAAAUACGAUAACCACGAGCAACAAGCAGCUUUUCUUACCUUCAUGAGACAACGCGAGAACAGACCUAAAACGAGCACGUUCAAUACAGCAGGAAUUUCGAGGAAUACCAAUUUAUUUACACAUGGAACUUCCGGAAACAUAAACCCGUUUCAACAACGUGCAGCUAUUGCACAGAAACCAUUUGCACCAAUAAAUUUCGGAAACAGUAAUAAUUAUAGACCAAAUAGUAAUCAACCUAGGAAUCAAAAUCCUCAGCCUACACCUAUGUCGAUUAGUACGAGAAACACUAACAGACCGAAUAAUAACCUUAAUAGGCCUAAUAACAAUUUUAUACAACCAAGUAAUAAUUUUAUGGCGAGACCAAAUAACUUCUUCAGAAGCACAGGACCUCCGAACUUCGUAGCGGAAGAACUUCAUCAUCAGGAAGAACAGCAACAAAAUUUAGAAAAUCAGGAAGAAGUUAAUCACGAAAAUUUUCCACAGGACCCCGACACGAAUCAAGAGAUAUAG